UGGCACAAGCCUCUUCAUGUACCUGGGUUUGUGGACUGUGGAGAUCCUUCAUAGCAUGGCGACCCUGUCCUCAGAGGGUGUCUGCGGCUUGUAUAGGCUCAGGCUUAUGCACCGUCUAAAUAUUUUCCUGUUCCACUUUGGCCACUCUGGCUGGGUGGGCCUCCUUUUUCUUUGCUGUGAAUGAAUGAGAACUUCCAUUUGGUGGUCUUUGUGUUGCAGCAAACUAAAUAGAUGGUAAUCUUCUGUAGUUCAAAGUAAUUGUAUUAUUUGCAAUGUAAUUUUUGUUUUUCUGAUAUAGUACUUUUUAUUGUGAUGCCAGUAAAAUUUGAUGGUGAA